AUGCAAGAAACCUCAACUGGUGCAACAGAAAAAGGAGGUUCUUGCUAUGACCCGGAUAGGCUAGUGCACCAUGCCUCAUUUGCCAUGAAUGCUUACUACCAGAAGAUGGGAAGAAACCAAUGGAAUUGUUACAAUCCCUGCUGCCAAUUUGUGAGUGGAGGAUCAGGACCUCCACUGCAGGAUACUUGGUGUGUGCCUAAGCCAGGAACCCCAGACUCUGCCUUACAGAACAUCAUAAACUUCACUUGUGGAAUAUUAAAAGAAUGCAGUGAAAUACAAGAACACGGUUCAUGCUACUUUCCAAAUAACCUCAUAAACCAUGCCUCAUUUGCCAUGAAUCUUUACUAUAAGACCGAUGGACGCUACAAUUGUGAUUUCAAUGGCGUUGGCCUUAUUGUUGUCACUAAUCCAAGUAAGCCAACUUGUUUGAUAUAA